CGAGCGUUGUCAUAGUUACAGAUAAUAUUUUAGUGCACAUCUGUUAAAUGCUUGACUCAGCUUUACUAUUGUCUUGGGGUAGUUGCAAACCCAUUGCAUGCCGACAGCAAUUCCGACUUACGUGUUAAAUAUUGAGAUCCAAGCCGAUUUAAAUUCCCUCAAACGACUGCCCCUUAACGUCACAUGGUAGACGAAUGACUUUUGAAACGUAAAUGUUGUGGGGUAAUAACUUCUAACUGUAAUUGUCGCGCUCUGUGGCGGAAUUUUCAAGGUUUAUAUAUACGUCUUUUGAAGUUGAAAAGGGCGUCUCCAGGAUUUAUACACUCCUGAGAUAUGAAAACCUCUGGACGUACUCUUUGGGUCCAUCCCUUCUGAUUCGCGGUGUCUCGUCUCUCACCAUGACCCGAGCGGGCCUGGCCAACGAGUGAGACGGCCAUGUCCGAUCCCACCCUGUUCCGAGCCACCAGAGUAUACUGCAGAAGCGUAUCUAGUGAUAUGGAGGAGUCUGACACCAAGACCCAAGGUGGAGAUGUCCCCGUGAGAGUGAAUUCUGACAGGAGGGGUUCUGACUGGGAAAGCACCACUUUGCUGGAUAAGACCAAAUACUUUUUCCAGACUUGCGAUGUGGAGGGCAAAAGCUUCAUCACUCGCACUGAUAUGAGGAGGCUCCACAGAGAGCUGCCUCUUACUGCUGAGGAACUAGAGAACGUCUUUGACUCCCUGGACACCGACCAGAAUGGUUACCUAACCCUAGAGGAGUUCUCAACAGGAUUCAGUCAGUUCCUGCACAGCCUGAGAAUCUCUGUGACAGAGGAGUCUUCCCCCACCCUCCCCAACCCAUGGAAGCCCUCGGAUGCCCUAUACCAGACUCAGUGGGAUGAGAGGUUGACUGGAGGGGUGGAGGAUGAUGAGGAGAAACACUUCUGUAUGCUGCUGGAGAGCCUAGGAGCCAGCAAUGUGUUUGAGGAUCCAGGUGAGGUGCGCAGCCUGUGGGCCCAGCUGAGGAGGGAUGAACCUCACCUCCUGUCCAACUUUGAGGAAUUCUUGGCCAGAGUGACUUUCCAGAUCAAAGACGCUAAAGAGGAGAGGAAGGAAAUGGAAAGUGCCCUCCUGAGGAAAACAGCCAUACACGACAGUGAGAUCCGCCGUCUGUAUGAAGAAAUGGAGCAGCAGAUCAAAAAUGAGAAGGACACUCUUCUUCUAAAGGACUCGGAGCGUCUGCAGUCUCGCAGUCAUGACCUGGAGCACCAGCUGUCCAGCAAGGAGAGGGAGCUGGAGCAGCUCUUCCAGAAACAGAAGAAGUUGGAGCUCCAGUGCCGUGACCUGAGCUGCGAGCAGCAGGAGAGUCGAGUGGAGAAUGUGAAGCUGAAGAUGACCAACGAGGAGUUGAGCAGAGAGCUGGAGAGCACCUGCCAGGAACUUUCCUUAGCCCAGGAACAACUGGCAAUGCUGCAGGACCAGGCUGCACGCCUAAAGCAGGAGAAAGAGAUGGAAAUGUACCACAUCACUGAGGGACUGCAGAGAGAGAAACAGAGUCUAAUGAAACAACUAGAUCUUCUACGGGAGAUGAACAAACAUUUGAAAGACGAGCGAGACGUGUGCUCUGCUGUGAAUCCAAAGAAUUCUCUCAAAAAGAAGCAAAAGCAGAGAGCAGACCUGGCGAAUGUGUUCAGGGACACAGGUCAACAACCGAUUAAAAGAGCUUCACAGCUGAGUGGAGUUUCCUAUGAGUUCCUUGAUGCACUGCCCAUAGAGCACCUUCAAAUCUCCUUUGUCUCCUCACCAUCCUCUACCUCCUCACCCUCCAUGUCUAGCGAGGAUGACACUGGCAACUCCUGUCCCGCGCGCUCGCCGACGGGCAACUACGGCCUCGCCAACGGCUACAACGACUCUACCGCCCCAUCCCCGAAUCAAGUGGCCGACGCUCCGGAGCAGGCCGAAGUGGAGGCGCAGGACGAAGUGGAGACGCAGGGCGUGAGGGGGGUGAGGGUGUGGGAGAGGAUCUCCAAGUUUGAGUCAGGGAAUUUGCUCACGCCCACCCAGAGACAAAGACCAAGGGAGAGAGGCAGAGAGUGGGAAAUGGGAGAGCAUACGGAGAAGGGGAAGUCAGAAACGGGGGGCGACGGUCUGGACGCUCCCCCAGACGGUUGGCCUCUCCGUCGGGUUAUCUCUAUCGAAGAGGACCACCUCCCCCACCUGCUCCAGGGAGGGCCCCAGCCCCUGAUGCACCAGCUCAGUGAGGAAGAUGAGGAUGAUGGAGGUGACGAAGAGGACAGUCUGGAGGAUACACGCCUACUCGCCCCUGUUCCUGUAGCUUUACCGGUCACCACGACGAUGUCCCCCCCGAAACACAAAUGUCGUUUCAGCAGAAUCAGAAAUGCCCCUUCCUUUGCUCGAGGACCGCCUGUUGGCAAGGAGAGUCAACAUAGAGUAAAAGAGGGGGACGUGCUCGCCCCUGACCGGCUGUUUAAGGUGGUGAUGGUGGGCAACUCCAGCGUGGGCAAGACCUCCCUUCUGCGCUGCUUCUGUGACGGUCAUACCCAUGCCCCCACCACUGCCACUGUGGGUAUUGACUACAGUGUGAAGACUCUACAGCUGGACAACACCCAGGUAGCCAUGCAGCUGUGGGACACGGCCGGACAGGAGAGGUACCGCAGCAUCACCCAGCAGUUCUUCAGGAGGGCGGACGGCGUGGUGGUCAUGUAUGACGUCACGGUGCUACCCAGCUUCAAGGCUGUGCGACCCUGGCUCUUUAAUGUCAAGGAGGCAGCGGGCGAGGGCGUUCCCAUCCUGCUCCUGGGCAAUAAGACUGAUGCGAUGUCCAAGAGGGAGGUGCCGCUCAAAGACGCAGAGAACCUGGCCCGUGACACUGGUGUGAUAUUCUACGAGGUCAGCGCCUACACUGGCUACAAUGUAACCGAGGCCUUGGUCCAUCUGGCCAGAGUGCUGAAGGACCAGGAGGACAGGGUGAGAGACACUGUUGUCUUGCUGGAGGACCACCCUGGGAAAAAGAAAGCGUGCUGCAAGUGAAGACAGACAUUCGACUAAUGGAGCCAAAUUCUAACUCUGUGAGCAUUUGUCAAUGAGUGUCUUGAAUUAGGACGUUGAGAUUUUGGAUCAUGAUUAGCGCUGGUCUAGAUUACUCCACUUUCAUUUAAAAAAAUGUCUUUAUUGUUCUAUGGAUUGCCUGAACCUUUCUGAGAAACAGGGUUUUGUUGUCAAUUUAGGGUUCUUAGUAUAUAUUGUAUACAUUAUUUGAAAUAUGUAUCAGUCAUUUGAUUAUAUACAAGCGUUAUUGUCGAAUUUUGUGAUU